GAGAUAAUGUUAGUUUUGAAAGCAAGGAAAGUUAGCAAUCUAAAAUAAUCUGGACCCAACAACAACAAUGCUCUUUUUCUCACCAUUUCAGAAUCAAUCGAUCUCUAAAUCAAUCUCAAGCUCUUCUUCUUUUUCUUCUUCUUCUUCAUCAUCAUCAUCGUCAUCAUCUCCGCCCAAACCCUAAUUCCUCUGUUCGAAGCCAGGCGCAAUCGGAUCCGCGUCGCGUUUUCAAAUUCCAAUUUACCGGCGAUCUGUUUGAUCUUUCGCACGCUCGCUAUAUCCUCCGAUUGGCAUUGCACGACCGUCUCCCUAAACUUUCGUGAUUUCGCGUUCUAAUCUGCGUUUGUGGUUCAAUUGCGUGAGUUGUCGUUUCAGUGGUCGCAGAGAAGUGAGGAUUUGCGGUGUCAUGGUUGAAGGACUAGGGUUAAAGGAGUUUACAAUUUAGUGUCGUUUUGAAUCUGCGUGUGACUCACGACUUUGGACAUGAGAAGCUCUUGGUUGAAGAAACAGUCUUUCGUAAUUGGCCAUAAGCCGCCACUGAGCUGGUUAAUCCUGUGUCUGAUAAGUAUCCUUGCACUGAUUGCAGUGUUGAGUUCAUCUUCUUCUUCGAACACCGAUGAUUCAGCGUCUCGCACUGCGGAAUCGCUAAUCUACACGAAUUACAGAAGGAUAAAGGAGCAGGCCGCGGCGGAUUACUUGGAAUUAAGGAGUGUGUCGAGUGGUGGCUCGAGGCAGAAGGAGGUGGAGCUUUGCGGAAAGGAAAGGGAGAAUUUCGUGCCGUGUCACAAUGUCUCUGCGAAUUUGAUUUCUGGGUUUAAAGACGGAGAGGAGUUUGAUCGGCAUUGCGAGGUGUAUAAGGUGUCGGAGAGGUGUUUGGUUCGGCCUCCCAAGGAAUACAAGACUCCGUUGCGGUGGCCGAGUGGGAGGGAUGUCAUAUGGAGCGCAAAUGUGAAGAUCACCAAAGAUCAGUUUCUUUCCUCUGGAAGUAUGACCAAAAGGUUGAUGCUAUUAGAAGAGAAUCAAAUCGCCUUUCACUCGCAGGAUGGGUUCAUAUUCAACAGUGUGAAAGAUUAUGCUCGCCAACUUGCAGAGAUGAUAGGCUUAGGAAGUGACAUUGAGCUUCCUCAAGCCGGUAUUCGCAAUAUACUAGAUAUUAAUUGUGGAUUUGGUAGCUUUGGAGCUCAUUUAUUGUCACUGAAAAUAAUGGUGGUUUGUAUUGCGGCGUAUGAAGCUACUGGCAGCCAAGUUCAAUUGUCUCUUGAGAGAGGUCUUCCAGCUAUGAUUGGCAACUUUAUCUCCAGACAGCUUCCAUAUCCAUCAUUAUCAUAUGACAUGGUUCACUGUGCUCAGUGCGGCAUUGUGUGGGAUGAAAAAGAUGGAUUCUUCCUUAUAGAAGUUGAUCGUGUUCUUAAACCCGGAGGAUAUUUUGUUUUAACCUCACCUACAACGAGACCACAGGGUUCAUCAAAGGAUAAAAAGAGAAUAAUGUCAAACACAAUAGAAGUGUUCACCCAACAACUCUGCUGGACUCUUGUAGCUCAGCAAGAUGAAAGUUUUGUGUGGCAGAAGGCUACUGAUGUUGGAUGUUAUGCAUCUCGUAAGCAGAGUACUAUACAGCUAUGUGAAGGAGAGGAUACUCAGUCAUAUUAUAGGCCUCUUGUGCCAUGUAUAAGUGGGACGUCUAGCAAGCGCUGGAUUGCAAUACAGAACAGAUCUUCUGAAUCUGGAUUGAGCUCGGCUGAACUUAAAAUUCAUGGAGUUCAACCUGAAGAAUUUUAUGAAGAUUUGCAACAUUGGAGAUCAGCUGUCAACAAUUAUUGGUCGUUACUUACCCCGCUAAUUUUCUCUGACCAUCCGAAGAGACUUGGAGAUGAAGAUCCAUUCCCUCCAUAUAAUAUGGUCCGGAAUGUUAUGGACAUGAGUGCUAAUUUUGGGGGGUUGAAUGCUGCCCUGCUCGAGGAGAAAAAGUCAGUCUGGGUUAUGAACGUGGUUUCUUCCACAGCUUCUAAUGCACUUCUUCCUCUUAUACUAGAUAGAGGUUUUGCCGGUGUCAUGCAUGACUGGUGUGAACCUUUUCCCACCUAUCCCCGGACAUAUGAUUUGCUUCAUGCAGAUGGACUUCUUUCACAUCUAUCCUCAGAGAGGUGCAGCACGAUAGACUUGUUCCUGGAGAUGGAUAGAAUAUUGCGUCCAGAGGGUUGGGUCAUUCUUUCUGAUACUAUGAGAGCUAUUGAGAUGGCUCGCAUGGUUGCCACACAAGUACGUUGGGAAGCAAGGGUAAUUGAUCUUCAGAAUGGAAGUGACCAGCGGCUACUUGUUUGCCAGAAACCUUUUUUGAAAAAAUAAUUGCUUAUGGAGCACUAGUAUAUCUCACCAUGAUAAAUGAAUACAAUUUUUUUGCUCGAGAAUGAAUUGUUUAGUUGGCACAUGUUUGUAUAUACAAAGCUCAGAGCCUUGACGUUUUCAAUCGUGUCCACAUCCUGAUCAGAGGAUUGAGGAAGCUGUAGAUUGUGAAGGUUCUUGUUGAAUUUAGUUACCCUUUAUUUUUUGUCGAAGUUUGUAGUAAUUCAUUUUUCCAAUAUCUUAUUAGCA